UUUGCUAAAAUAAUGUAUAAAAGUAAUUUUCGGGGUGUAAUCGGUCUCGCGCAACACCAGUUGUAAUUUGGCGCCUCUAGCUAAACGUCAUCAAAACAACUUUUUAAGUUCUUAUUUUGUGACAGGUAAUAUAUGAUAAAGUGAAUCGCAGUGCUUGUCGUGCGGAAACCUUUACUUACCUUUUGACUUUCUCUCUUUGCGGGGUUUCAAGCCUUAUUACCCCCCACGAUUUGCGCCCUGUUUAUUAUCGCGCGCGCGCACACACACAAACACUAACUCUAAACUCUAAUCUGCUUCGGACUCCCAUCCUGUCACGCUAGAGGGUGUGCGUGUCGCCGGAGACAGACAUCCCCUGUGAUUUGAGUUUAUCACCAAUGAUUUUAUUACGGAUUAAUCAGUGCAUCUCUGGCAUAUUCGGAGAAUAAUGAAACGGAGAAAUCCUGCUGUUCUGAUUUCUCUCCAACAACCUGUCUGCGCGUGACGCAGGGGGGAGGAGGAGUGGGUAGUCUACUUAAAGCGGGAUUAGCACGAGCCAAACAUUAUACUCCCCUCCGUUUAGGCUCAGAGCGACCUAUCGUCCUGUUCGCGAGACAGAAAAUAGGAGGGCUUUAGACUAAUCAGGACCUCAGACGAGCGCGCGCUCCGGAGCGAGGCGUGGACGACAAGGUGGACAGCAGCGACUAAUCAAUGCAUUCGCCCAAUACUACACUCGCCUUUAGAGCGAUAGACGCGGAACAGUAGCUUGCAUUUGAUUUUACACGGUCCACUGUGUUAUAUCGUCUCCGAAUGAACAGCCAUGGGGGAAUGGACAAUUCUCGAGCGUCUCCUGGAGGCGGCUGUCCAACAGCACUCUACUAUGAUCGGGAGGAUCCUACUGACAGUGGUAGUGAUCUUCCGGAUUCUAAUCGUGGCAAUUGUUGGAGAGACCGUGUACGACGAUGAGCAGUCAAUGUUCGUGUGCAACACAUUACAGCCAGGCUGUAACCAAGCUUGCUAUGACAAAGCAUUCCCAAUUUCUCACAUCAGAUACUGGGUGUUCCAAAUCAUCAUGGUGUGCACCCCCAGUCUGUGCUUCAUCACAUACUCGGUGCAUCAGUCGGCCAAACAGAAGGAGCGGAGAUACUCCAUGGUCUACCUGUCCCUCGACAAAGACGACUCAAUGAGACGAGACGACAGCAAAAAGAUCAAAAACACCAUCGUGAACGGAGUACUUCAGAACACCGAAAACUCCACCAAAGAAUCCGAGCCUGACUGUUUGGAAGUGAAGGAGAUCCCCAGUUCAGCCAUGAGAACUACCAAAUCUAAAAUGAGAAGACAAGAGGGCAUCUCCAGGUUUUACAUCAUUCAGGUGGUUUUCAGGAACGCGCUGGAGAUCGGCUUCUUGGUGGGCCAGUAUUUCUUGUACGGAUUCAACGUGCCGGCCGUGUACGAGUGCGAUCGGUACCCUUGCAUCAAAGACGUCGAAUGCUACGUUUCGAGACCCACGGAGAAAACCGUGUUCCUCGUCUUCAUGUUUGCGGUCAGUGGGAUUUGCGUGGUGCUCAACCUGGCAGAACUCAAUCACCUGGGCUGGAGGAAAAUUAAAACGGCGGUGAGGGGGGUGCAGGCCAGGAGGAAGUCCAUAUACGAGAUCAGAAACAAGGACUUGCCGCGGAUGAGCAUGCCCAAUUUCGGCCGCACCCAGUCGAGUGACUCUGCCUAUGUCUAAUGCUCCCUUCGUGUAGUUAAUCAGAGCAGUGGCGCUCAAUCCAGGUCCAGGAAGACUCCAGGUUGCACGUUUUGGAUGUUUCCGUCAUCUGAAACACCCAUUUCACGUCUUGGAGCCUCUACUCUAAAGGAAUAGUUAAGCCAAAAUGAAAAUUCUGUCCAUUUACUCACCCUCCUGUCGUUCUGUGGAACACAAAGGAAGAUGUUUUGAAGAAUGCUUAGUCCAUACAAUGAAAGUCAACAACAUUGGACUCCAUUAACACCACUGAGCUUUUUUUUCUUCUUUUGUGUUCCACAGAACGACAUCAGGGUGAGUAAAUGAUGUCAGAAUUUUCAUUUUUGGCAUCUAAAAUGUGCAGAAAUUCCAGGACCAGAACUGAGGACCACUGUAUUAGAUUAUAUACAAGACAAGUUAUGUUAUGAACUGUUCAUCUCACCUGGUUCAUGGUGGGGUAGAUGGAUUUUAUUUGUCUGUUAUGGACAACCAGAACAAACGGACCAAACGUUUGUUUCUUAUCAGUUACUGAAGGGCACUGAUGCAACUUUUUUAUAGGUCAGAAUGGAAAGCUUAUGAUGAUGUUUUCGACAUUUGUUUAUUUCUUUGUUCACAUGAUCAGCUGAACCCGAAAUAUGUUUUGCACUAAUAUGGAUUUAAAGAAGCCAAAACAAACCCGAAUCGUGCUGUGAAGGUCUUUUGUUUCAUUAUAUUGUAUUCUCAUUCUGGUUUUAGGUCGCACAUAUGAUUAUAUUUCAGUUUACUCACCGCAACUAGUUAGACUGCAGUUCACAUAUGUUUAUCCGUACUAUAUGAAUCAUAUCUCUCUUUUGGCUUAGAUAGAUUGGCAUCUUUAAUGAUUUGGUUGCCUGUGCUUGCACCACUGACCUUAACGUAAGUUAUCGUUCCGUUAUAUUUAAGCUGACUUGCAGAUCGGUAGCCGGUGAACUGGCCAAUGCUGCAUAACGCUUAACUGUCUAUUUUUUGUAUUUGUUUAUUUAUUUAUUUUAUUUAUUAAUGUAUUGGAUUUAUUUAUUUAUUUAUUUAUUGACACCAAAGCGCCCAUUGCUUUCAUUUGUGUGAAAAGGAUAUAUUGCUUUUAUGUAUUCAAGUGCCAUAUAUGUACAUAGAUAUAUACAUAUUAUAGUAUAUUGUAAUCCUUAUCGUGAGAUAUGAAUUCCACAAACUCUUCAAAGAACAUCCUAUCCCUUUAAUGUGAGAUGUUGGGGAAUGGAAGAGUGGUUAAAA